AUGGACUGCGAUAUCGCCUCCUACCACGUAGACUCAUUCAACUACCUCGCUGAAGAAGGAGUUCAUCUAGCCACGCAAUCCGUUCCGAAGGAGAAAUUUCGUUUGCCUUCCGGUGAAGCUGUCGAACUUUCUUACACUGGAGCUUCCAUUGCUAUGCCGACACUUGAAUCAGCGGUAAGUGAACAGUUAUUGAUUGAAUGUAGGCAACGAGGAUUAACUUAUGCUGGCAACAUGAAAGUGGGAAUAGAGAUUAAAGUCAAUGGCCAACGGAUUGACAUCGUUGAGAGGGUGAUUGGUCGAGUACCAAUAAUGCUUCGUUCGAAACUUUGUCACUUGAACAAAAUGAGCAUCAAAGAGUUAUUAAAAGCCGGUGAAGAAGGAACUGAACAAGGCGGAUAUUUCAUAUGCAGAGGAAGCGAGAAGGUGAUUCGCUUGUUGGUUUCAAAUCGAAGAAAUUUUCCCAUAGCACUGUGUAGGAAAGCAUUUCGUGAAAAGGGACUGCUGUUUACUCAGUACGGUGUGUUGAUGAGAAGUGUGAAGGAUAACCAUACUGCAGUCAUGAUGACCCUUCACUAUCUUGAGUCUGGCACCUUGCAAAUUGCUUUGCAAUUUCGUCGGGAGAUUUUCUACUUGCCGUUCAUGUAUAUUCUGAAAGCCUUAGUUGAUAAGAACGACUAUUUGAUUGCCACAGAGUUGAAAAGGGGGAGGACAGGAGAUGAAUUCUUUUCUUCAUGUGUCAUGAAUAUGUUAUCCCAGUGUCAAGAUGAAGGCGUUUUGCACCGUGAGGCGGCUUUGCGGGCGAUCGGGGCACGCUUUAGAGUCGCAGUUUCUGAUCGUAUUGCUCCGUGGGAAGAUGAUGAAGAAGCAGGUCGUUUCAUCAUCGAAUCGUGUGUAGCGGUGCAUUUAGAUGAUUGGAUAGAGAAGUUCUAUAUACUUGUUUAUAUGGCACAAAAGCUCUUUGCUCUGGUAAAGGGUGAGUGUGCUCCAGAAACACCAGAUAAUCCUCAGUUCCAGGAGGCGGCUGUUUCUGGUCAUGUGAUUUUGCUCAUCAUUCGUGAACGUUUGGAGAAUACACUUGGUAUGGUUCGAAGGAAGUUGGAAUUUUUCGCUAAUCGCAAAAAAGAUUCUUUCGUUUUGACUUCUAAUGAAGUUGUUCGUGCCCUUGGCAACCAUCAGAGUGGGGAACUUACGAGGGGACUUGAAUAUUUUCUAGCCACAGGUAAUCUGAUCACCAAAGUUGGUCUAGCGCUACAACAGGAGACGGGGUUUUCUGUAAUCGCUGAGAGAAUCAAUCAGCUUCGAUUUGUGUCGCAUUUCCGUGCUAUUCAUCGAGGAGCUUUCUUCACAGAGAUGCGUACCACUGACGUUCGUAAACUCCGCCCGGAGGCAUGGGGAUUUAUUUGCCCUGUUCACACCCCCGAUGGUGCUCCCUGCGGUCUUUUAAAUCACGUAACUGCUUCUUGUCGUAUUGUUACUCACUAUUCGGAUACAAGGGAUCUACCGGCUUAUCUAACAGAUCUUGGAAUGCUUUCUCACAAAUCAAUAGCUUUUGCUUCAGAUACCGAAAUGUAUUAUUCCGUACUCUUCGAUGGUCGAUUUCUUGGUUACAUUCCUAUAAGGAAGGCGGCCAGUAUUGAGAAGCAACUACGCUGCGUUAAAACCAACGUAAAAGAUUCCAGAGUACCUUACGUAGCCGAGAUAUCACUAAUUCGUCAUUCGCCAGACAUCAAGAAUAUACAAACUCAGUAUCCGGGCCUGUAUAUAUUUUCUGAUCCGGCUCGAUUGAUACGUCCAGUGCGAAAUCUGGUCACUGAUUCUGUGGAGUAUGUUGGAACAUUUGAGCAGGUCUAUCUCUCAAUAGUAAUUGAUCCGUCAGAAGCAGAACCCGGUGUCACUAUUCACCAAGAACUACAUCCUAGCUGUUUGUUCUCCUUCGCCGGCAAUCUUAUUCCGUUUCCAGAUCAUAACCAAUCUCCGCGAAAUGUCUAUCAGUGUCAGAUGGGUAAACAGACUAUGGGAACUGCUGUACAUUCGUGGCACACAAGGGCGGAUAACAAAAUGUACCGUCUUCAGUUUCCUCAAAGUCCCCUCGUUAAACUCGAAGCUUAUGAUCGCUAUGGCAUGGAUGACUAUCCUUCGGGAACAAAUGCAUGCGUCGCUGUUAUCUCAUAUACCGGAUAUGAUAUGGAAGAUGCUAUGGUAAUCAACAGAGCGUCUUUCCAGCGUGGUUUUGCACAUGGGACAGUGAUAAAAGUGGAGAGGAUCAAUUUGGUUACGAACAAUGAAAAGAAGACUUUAUUCCGCAUGGAUCCAACUCAUCCGUAUAAGACAGUUUCAUGCGACGGACUUCCAAUACCGGGACGUCGGUAUUUUGAAGACGUGUACUAUGUGACAUACAAUCAAGACACGGGGUUACACCAAGCACAUAAAUUCCAUCAUGCCGAGCCGGCAUACUGUGGUAUUGUACGACUUGUUCAUCAAGAUGGCGUCGAAGAAGGUGCUAGGCAUGCACUGAUUCAGUGGCGUGUUGAAAGAAAUCCCAUCAUAGGUGACAAGUUUGCUUCUCGACAUGGCCAGAAAGGAAUUAACUCAUUUCUUUGGCCCGUCGAAAAUCUGCCGUUUAGCGAAAGCGGAAUGGUGCCCGAUAUAAUCUUUAAUCCACACGGUUUUCCCAGUCGGAUGACUAUCGGUAUGAUGAUAGAAAGUAUGGCUGGAAAGGCAGCGGCUAUGCAUGAAACGUACUGCCAUCGACCAUUUCGAUGGACGACAGUGCAAAUAUUUUUUGGGAUUGUUUACUAUCAGCGCCUUCGGCACAUGGUUGCUGACAAAUUUCAGGUUCGGUCCACGGGACCCAUUGAUCCUAUCACUCAUCAGCCAGUUAAAGGUCGAAAGAAAGGUGGUGGUAUCCGUUUUGGCGAAAUGGAAAGAGAUGCCAUUAUCGCACAUGGGACGGCCUUUGUUUUGCAAGAUCGUUUACUGAAUUGCUCUGAUCGCGAUGUCGCAUACGUAUGUCGGCGUUGUGGUUCUUUGCUCUCUGUUCUCAUGAACGUCAAGGCCGGAAGCGCAUGUGUUGAUGACUCAACUGAGAGGCCUGUAUGUCGGAAUUGUGGCAAAGAGGAUGAGGUAUACCUUGUUCAGGUGCCACGUGUAUUCCGAUAUUUAACAGCAGAGCUAGCUGCAAUGAAUAUCAAAACUCAUCUUAGCAUAAAUGAGCCAUCUAAGGUCAUUAGGAUGUGA